ACUAGAAAGUCGGUGAUGGACACAUGUCUUCCUAAAUGCCCUCCACUAUCACUGUUUAUACACCACCACCCACAUCUUCCCUCUUUGGGGUUCGAUUCACUUCUCUCAAUCACCAUCGCAUCACCCCCCAACGCAGCAUGAACUUCAUCAACCCUAACAAUUUCCACCUCAAUCAUUCCACUACCAAACCCAAAACAAAUCUCUGACACCACAACAUAUUACAUUAUACACACAAUAAAAUUGUUUGAAAGAGAGUGAAAAAAAAAACAAUGGGACAAGAGAAUCACUUAGCUCAAAAGAGAACAAGCAGCACUGGAGGAUUACCCACAACAACAUCAACAACGACGUCGUCUCGAAACCGUAAUCUGCCACGUGGACGUCAGAUCCAGAAAACCUUCAACAAUAUAAAGAUCACUAUCCUCUGCGGUUUCGUAACAAUACUCGUCCUACGUGGCACAAUCGGAGUUAAUCUCGGAACAUCUCAAAACGACGCUGUUAAUCAGAACGUCAUCGAAGAAACCAACCGUAUCCUCGCCGAGAUCCGAUCCGACGUCGAUCCGUCGGAUCGGAACCAAACCGAAACGUUUCUUAGUCUCAAUGAAACGUAUGCGCUUGGUCCUAAGAUUCGUAAUUGGGAUUCGGAAAGGAAAAAUUGGCUCGAUAGUAACCCUGAAUACCCUAAUUUUGUUAGGGGAAAACCUCGUAUCUUGCUUCUAACUGGUUCGCCACCUAAACCGUGUGAUAACCCUAUUGGUGAUCAUUACCUUUUGAAAUCUAUCAAGAAUAAGAUCGACUAUUGCAGAUUGCAUGGCAUUGAAAUUGUGUACAACAUGGCACACUUGGACAUGGAGCUUGCAGGGUACUGGGCCAAAUUGCCCAUGAUACGGAGACUCAUGUUAUCACACCCUGAGGUGGAAUGGAUUUGGUGGAUGGACAGUGAUGCAUUCUUCACUGACAUGGUGUUUGAGCUUCCCAUGAGUAAAUAUAAUGAUUAUAAUAUGGUUAUUCAUGGGUAUCCUGAUUUGUUGUUUCAGCAGAAUUCUUGGAUUGCGAUAAACACAGGGAGCUUUCUGUUUCGGAAUUGCCAGUGGUCCUUGGAUUUGCUUGAUGAAUGGGCACCCAUGGGUCCGAAAGGCCCAAUUCGAGAAGAGGCUGGGAAGAUUUUGACGGCAAAUCUCAAAGGAAGACCGGCAUUUGAGGCUGACGAUCAAUCAGCUUUGAUAUACUUAUUGUUGUCGAAGAAGGACAAAUGGAUGGACAAGGUAUUUCUUGAGAAUUCUUAUUAUUUGCACGGUUAUUGGGCUGGGUUAGUGGAUCGGUACGAAGAGAUGAUGGAGAAAUAUCAUCCGGGGUUAGGGGAUGAGAGGUGGCCUUUCGUGACACAUUUUGUGGGGUGUAAGCCUUGUGGGAGUUAUGGAGAUUAUCCGGUGGAGAGAUGCCUUAGUAGCAUGGAGAGGGCUUUCAAUUUUGCUGAUAAUCAAGUGCUUAAACUCUAUGGGUUUAGACACCGUGGAUUGUUAAGCCCUAAAAUCAAGCGGAUUAGGAAUGAGACGGUUACUCCUUUGGAGUUUGUAGACCAGUUGGAUAUACGAAGGCAACAUGCAGGCAACAUGGAAUCAAGAAAUUAAGCAACUUUCAAAUUGCAAUUGUGAUUUUUGAUAUUAUGGUUAAUUGCAGUCAAUACAGCAUCAAUUUAUGUCACGACACUGGAGAAACAUUGACUUUUGAUUACACCUGAAACAUUCAUGUUGCAGUGGCUACAGAAUGUAAUUUUAAACCAUGAGCAAAGUAAACAUGUUUUGGGUGGUGAUGUUAUAGAUAAUAAUUACAAGUGGAAUUUGAUGUGGAGACGGUGGAAAUGUAACUUUUUCUCAUUUGUUGUGUUGUCUUGGUAAGUUUAUGAGAAUGUUAUAUAGGAUUAAAUUCUUUCAUACAAGUCGUUAUUAUUUUUCUAUUUUUCUUUCCGUCGUGUAUGAGUAAUCAGUGAAAAAAAGUUACUGAUCUGCUGUAAACUUAGCAUCUCUGUGUGUUUUACUCUUUUGGGGAACGAAUUCAUCGAUUUAUCAUACUUCUACGUCCUUUUUAAAUUCAGGACUUUGUUGUAA